CUCAGCGGGCAGGGCCCCUCCCCUGGGCUGGAUCCGCCUCUCUUAUCCCCCAGAUAAAUUACUAGUGUCCUCACUAAAUUCCUCAGCUUUCUCUCCCUUUCCUUCUCCCUCUCCCUCUCUCUCUCUCUCUCUCCCUCUCUCUCUCUCUCUCUCUCACACACACACACACACUCCCUCCCUCAAACACGGGCAAAGCGGGGUUGAGGGGCGGGAGGGCGGGGAUCCUCUCUGGACUGGUAUUGUGCCUUAGUGCUAAAGGGGGGAGGGAAGGGGAGGAAAAUACUGGCGCCCCUUCUCUCCUCCACCGCCUUGAAGCGUGUUUGAGGAGCUACCCUUCUUUCCCCCACCCCUCCCCCUUUCCCACUGGUCCUUUGGCAUCUUCCAGACCAUGUCCACUGGGUCCCUCAGUGAUGUGGAAGAUCUGCAGGAGGUGGAGAUGCUGGAGUGCGAUGGCCUGAAAAUGGAUACUAACAAAGAGUUUGGGGCUUCCAACGAGAGCAACGAGGAGGGAUCCAAUGGCGAGAAUGGCUCCCCUCAGAAGGGGAGAGGGGCCUCGGGCAAGAGGAAAAAAGCUCCCCCCAAGAAGAGCCCUUUAAAUGGAGUGAGCCAGGAGGGAAAGCAGGUCCAGAGAAACGCUGCCAACGCCAGGGAGAGGGCGAGGAUGAGGGUCCUUAGCAAAGCCUUCUCCAGGCUUAAGACCACCUUGCCCUGGGUGCCCCCAGACACCAAGCUUUCCAAACUGGACACCUUGAGGUUGGCCUCCAGCUACAUUGCUCACCUGAGACAGAUCCUGGCCAAUGACAAGUAUGAGAAUGGCUACAUCCACCCUGUUAACCUGACUUGGCCUUUUAUGGUAGCCGGCAAACCCGAGAGUGACCUGAAAGAAGUGGUGAACACAAACCGCUUGUGCGGCCCGACAGCAUCCUGAGCCCACGGCGGCACCCGAGACCACCGUCCCCGCGUGGCCGGUGAGGGUGGGCGGCGGGCGCGGGCGGAGAGACGCACCGGCCCCGCUUCUGCCCCCGGGCCCCGGGCAGAGCGACGGGGAGAGCCCCUCGCCCGGCAAAGAGGAGACCAAAUGUACAUUAGCAAAGACUCCACCCCGAGAGAUCCCGACUAUAUUUAACUUUAUUAAAUGUAUGUACAGUCGAGUGUCCUGCAACAACAGCCUUGCUGGUUCAAGUGCUAAUAGAGAAAAGACAGAGUUCAAACAAAACCUACCACUCGUGUAUCUUUUGUCUGAGACCUGUGAAAUAUGUAGAUGCCUAGAAUAACUGACUUUGACAGUCAUUUCUAUGAAGUAAUUCACCUAAAGAUAUAUAGAUAUAUUUUCUUCGAACAGGUUUUGUUCUAUUUCUGUGAAUAAACCUUCCUUUCCAUUGAA